GCGGCGACAUUCAGAGAGGAGAUGGCGGCCAGAGGGGGGUUUCAGUCAGCACCGACUGUUGGUGGCGGUGGAGCUAUGGGACCCGGACCACCGGUACCGGGCGUAGGACCAGGCAUGGGACCCGGGACUCCUUCUGGAAGGAUGGUACCGUCGUCGGCCGUGCAGAACCACAUGUACCGCUCCCCAAUGCCCGGGCCUGGGUACCCGAGACCAGGCAUGCCUCCAUCCAGCCGCAUGACCCCACAAGGACCAGCCAUGGGCCCCCCAGGAUACGGCAACAGCCCCGUGUCUCGUCCUGUGAUGCCCGGCGUAAUGGACCCGUCUCGCAAGAGGCCCGCCCCCCAACAGAUCCAGCAGGUUCAGCAGCAGAACCGCAACCAGCACACAAAGAAGAAGAAGAUGGCUGAUAAAAUUCUACCUCAGAGGAUCAGGGAACUGGUCCCAGAGUCUCAGGCUUACAUGGAUCUGCUGGCUUUUGAGAGGAAGCUGGAUCAGACCAUCAUGCGCAAGAGGCUGGACAUUCAGGAGGCCCUCAAGAGGCCCAUUAAGCAAAAGAGAAAGCUUCGGAUCUUCAUAUCGAACACCUUUAACCCCGCAAAGCCAGACGCCGAGGACGGAGAGGGCACAGUGGCAUCAUGGGAGCUACGUGUUGAGGGGCGUCUGCUGGAAGAUACGGCUGUGUCCAAGUAUGAAGCCACCAAACAGAAGCGGAAGUUCUCCUCUUUCUUCAAGUCUCUGGUGAUCGAGUUGGACAAGGACUUGUAUGGUCCAGAUAAUCACCUUGUGGAAUGGCACAGGACUGCCACCACCCAGGAGACGGAUGGUUUCCAGGUGAAGAGGCCCGGUGAUGUGGGUGUUCGCUGCACCGUCCUGCUCAUGCUCGACUACCAGCCCCCUCAGUUCAAGCUGGACCCCCGGCUGGCUCGUAUGCUGGGUAUCCACACCCAGACCAGACCGGUCAUCAUUCAGGCUCUGUGGCAGUACGUCAAGACCCACAAGCUCCAAGACCCUCAUGAGCGCGAGUUCAUCAACUGUGACAAAUACCUGCAGCAGAUUUUUGAGACUCAGAGAAUGAAGUUCUCCGAGAUCCCGCAGCGCUUGCAUGCACUCCUGAUGCCCCCAGAGCCAAUCAUCAUCAACCAUGUGAUCAGCGUUGACCCUAAUGACCAAAAGAAGACCGCCUGCUAUGACAUUGACGUGGAGGUGGACGACACACUGAAGACCCAGAUGAACUCCUUCCUGCUCUCCACAGCCAGUCAGCAGGAAAUAGCAGGACUGGACAACAAGAUACAUGAAACCAUUGAGACCAUUAACCAGCUGAAGACCCAGAGAGAGUUCAUGUUGAAUUUUGCCAGAGAUCCUCAGGGCUUCAUCAACGACUGGCUGCAGUCGCAGUGCAGAGACCUCAAGACCAUGACAGAUGUGGUAGCAAACCCAGAAGAAGAGCGGAGAGCAGAGUUUUACUACCAGCCGUGGGCUCAGGAGGCGGUCUGUCGCUACUUCUACUCCAAGGUCCAGCAGAGGCGACAGGAGCUGGAGACGGCGCUCGGCAUCAGGAACACCUGAAGAGAUUUAUCCACGCAGACGACCGGCGUGCGAGCGUGUGCGGGAUGUUCAAAAUGAAUUCCUCAGAGAGUUUUCUAACCGGCUUGGAGAGACAUAGAUACUAGAUGGCUUUACCGUUAUAUAGGAUCUCCUUUUUUGUUUUUGUUUUGUUUAAAUUCACCCUGCAGCUCGACUACUGUUGCAGUGUGAUUGCUACUUCCACUUUUCCACACCAGAGCUGCAAUGUAUUUUCUCUUGCAUGUCUAAAGCCUUACCUGGAAGCAUUCCCCUCAUUUUGAUACAUUGUGCCCACACAGGAGUACGCAUCGUACCCAAAUGAAAAAGCAGAGGGCAACUUUUAAUGUGUUCUGUCCCUGAAUCUAAAAAUAUCUUCAAUCAGCUGGAAUGUGUUGAUUCUGCCUUGACUCUCUGUUCCCCCUUUUUGGGGAAAGUAAAUUUACAUUUUACUCUCCCAACUCGGGAUGCUUGCCCAUUCAGUUAGAUAUCGAUAGUGUUUGUAAUCAAUGGCCACUUUGUUGGCUGUUCAUGUGUCACUUUGUCUUAAGCUCUCGUUGGUUAGUUCUGACAGUUUGUGCCACAGUCUGGUGUACGAGAGAGAAAGCUCAAUCAUGGCAAGAUAUACAUCUUUUGUUGAGGGUGCCAUUUAUUAUGAAGUUUUUCUUUUUUUUUCUUUUUUUGUUAUCAAUGAUUCUUGUUUUAAAAGUAUGUAUUAUAUCAGUACUUGUCUUGUUAGCUAGUACAAAUUAUCAAGGAAGUAGCUAGUAUGAGUACCUCUAGUCUAUAGUUUUGUAAAUACUGAGCAGAAAAAAA